UGCUAUCCAGACCACUUCAAUCAGAAAUCAGCAAAACAUUUCCGAUGGAUUGGCUGCUCCUAGUAGCAAUAUUUACCAUAGCAGUCAUUGUGGCCCUUAGUUUAAUGCAGUUCUUCGAAUUCAGAAGUAAAUACAUAGUUUCAUGCUCAUUCAUCGGAAUAUUGCUUAUGCUAUUUUCAUCAGAUAUAUGUUUGGUGGUUUGCAAAGAAUCUAAAAUAUCCUGUUGGUUUUUAAUUGGCUUCAUAUUUUUGGAAGAUAUAUUAGCAAUUAUUUUCUGUUAUAUAACGAAAAGACUGAAAGCAAAUGUGGUAAUCGCAUUGGCAGUUUCAGCAUUGGUUUGUCUUGCUAUUCCUACAAUUUCAAGUAUUGUAAAUUGCAAACAGGAUAUUUGCAAAUUUGUGAUGGGUGGCUUUUUCAACACUGCUGCGAAUUUGAUAGCAGUGGUUUUGAUAAACUUGCUCAAAUGAGGCUGCCAACAGAUACCUUUGUUACAGAGUGUUUUAUUAUAUAACGUGUCUGUAAUUUGGAAUUCUCUUAUUACUAUCAUUUGUGCAUGUUGACCGUU